GUCCUGUUGUGCCUUUUCUUUAGAGCUUACAGCACCACAAGAAAACUUUCUUGUGGGAAUCCUGAAAGGUGAAUUCAUCAUUCUGUUGUUCCACAGGUGCUCCCCAAGCAGCCACUGCAGUGCUAGGUGGUGGCACACAUGCUGUGGCAGAGGGUGAGAAAUCUGGUUCAGAAUGCAGGGAAUUAGGCAGGGGGUGAUGUGUGCCAAGUUCAGAUUCCUCUUCAGCCUUAGAGGAACUAUCAGUAUGGGCUUGUCCAGUCCCCUGAAAGAUAAUUCAUAGAUUUUUCCCCUGAUGUUCCUAUCAAACAGUGAAACAACCAGUUCCUAUUACAAAAACUGUGGGGAGUGAACAAAGUUGUAUUAUGAAGUGUCUGAUCAAAAAUCUUUUUUGCUGAGAAGAAAUCAGACUUCUUGCAUGGCUCAGCAAAGAUUGCAGCAGCAUUGGAGUGUCUGUGGUGGAGACAUUAGCACAGGGCAGCCAGCAGGCAGAAGCAGCUGUUUGAUUAGUGACAACCUAGGCUAGGCACAAAAUUGCAGCAGAAGAUAAAUGGCAUUUACAACCCUAUGACUAAUGUGCUGAGCUGUCCCUAUGGGUAUGAAUAUUUCAGAGAUCACCCGUGUUGGAAUUGAGCAGUGGUUCAAGAGGAACACUGAGGUCUGAAAUUCACUCUUAUUACCUGCUAUUGGCUGUUGGAUGAACAGCCCUCCCCCUGCAAGCUCAAAUCCAAAGAUCAGCUGAGGACAUUAUCCUUAUGGCACCCCUCUCUUGAGAUGCUCAUUUCCACUUCCUCCUCUGCACGUGAAUAGUUUGAAGGAAUCACAUUCCUCUCCAUUGAGCCUGCUCUAUGUGAUAAAUACCAAUUAGUAGCAACAGCUAAAAAUUACAACUUCUGUCCCUACCAGGGAAUAGUUGGAAUUAGGGAAGAGAAAGUGAGGAUGGAAACACUAACAGUGUUCAACUGCAGAGCUCUCUGCAGUUCCAGCUCUGCUGGCAUGAGGUGUUUUUGAGAAAGAGCAUGUGUUGCUUCACCUGUGAAGGGCAAACAAGGCUAACUGUGAGGCAGAGGUGAUAUUCCCUGUUUUUCCUCCUGUGGAAAAAUAGAUCUGGAAAGUUAGGAUAGUAACACCCUCAGUUCCCAGAGCUCUGUUGGUAACAGGGCACUAUGGGCUAAGUAACAGAUUGGGGCCACAUUUGCAUAAGAAAGAUCGAUGCUGCUGUAAAUUACAUCUUGCUCUCUGCAAUACCAUAAUUACACACUUUAUAGUCUGUAAACAUCAUGUUUAAAGACAACUGAGCCCAAGCACAUGCUAACCUAUGUGUGUCUUCACUUUACCCAUGCAAGCAAAGCCUCUUACUGGUUGAGGGCACUGUGUGGCAACAGAGUUGGAGUAAUUUUUAGGCUUAGUACAGCAGCAUGAAAACUGGACUGCUGUUUUUUUGCCAAAUUCCACAGUAACCCUUAUUGCUUUUAACAUAAACACCUUUGACCCAUUCAGUUGCACUGGCAGUAGCUCUUUUGUGCUCCAACCAUGAGUUAGUGAAUUAUAAAAACUGCUUGUCUUUAGGGUGUUGGUGACUUUUUUGUUCUCAGGUACAACGAUGAAAAAACUUACAGAGAUGCAGAGAUGUAUUCCACGUGCUUAACUGAGUAACAGCAUGCACAUACACACGAGGAACACUGCCAGCACUAACAGUGACAUGGCACUGGCUUCACAUGACUUGUCUGGGAGGGGACAGGCAGCUCCUGCUUGGAAACACACCCCCAUUGCCCUUGCCUAAACCCUCAUAAAGCUUUGACAGCAGUAAUGAAAAGUGAGGAGUUGAACUCUGGGCUCUGAAUAGACACAAAGGACUUCUAGGCUGCCAUCAGCAGGUGGUGAGCAAAGAACUGGCAGCCAGAGUUCAAGGGUGCUUGAAAAGAUACGAUAGAGACUUUGAGGAAGUCAUUAAAAAGUGUCUGUGUGAAGUCCAUUGUCAGCUUUUCUAGGAACAGGGUUUCCCCUAAAACCGUGCAGUGCUUGGUAGGACAUCAAACGCCACGGCUGGUCCUGUGUCUGUCCACACAGAGGGGCUGAUAUGCAACUGUUCAGGUGACCAGUUUAUUCCUCCUUUCUGAAACACUGCAAGAAGAGUACUCCCAAGAGGCUUCCCUCCCUCCAUCAUCAAGAUGGAAACAGACUCUGGAUAUUCCUCCACAGCUGAGCUGCAGAAGCAGGGAAAGAAGCUCUCAGAUGCCUUGAGGAUCAGUGCCUAUGUCUUCAGUACAGGCCUGCUCAUGUUCACUGCCCUGGUGAACAUUUCUUCUUGGUUUAUGCAGAAAAUAACUUUAGGCAAUUUCUGGCAAACAGCAUGGUUGGAGUUCUACGACCAUAUGGAAGGAGAUGAGUGGACAAUCUUCCUUGUUGGGGCUGCACUGGUGCCUGCACUUGCUUUCUGGGGCUUCAAUGGAAUCCUUCUGGUGGCUGAUAUAACAGGAAAGCCAACUUUCAUUACUCGCUAUCGCAUUCAGCUGGGCAAGAAUGAUCCUGUGGACAGAAAGAAACUGUGGAAAGCCAUCUACACAGCGCUGGGUAAUCAGUUCUUUGUCUCCUUUCCCAUGCUUGUGCCCAUGUUCUACAUCAUGAAAUGGUGGGAAAACACCUUCAGCAAGGAAUUACCAACCUUCCAAUGGUUUCUUGUGGAGCUAAGCAUUUUUACUAUAGUUGAGGAAAUUCUCUUCUAUUAUACACACAGGCUGGUUCACCACCCAGUGCUGUAUAAGCACAUUCACAAGAAGCACCACGAGUGGACAGCCCCCAUUGGUGUGGUCUCCAUUUAUGCUCACCCUAUAGAGCACAUAGUCUCCAACACUCUGCCUGUCAUGAUUGGCCCGAUGAUCAUGGGAUCUCAUAUUGUUUCAGUCUCAGCAUGGUUCUCCAUUGCUCUUGUAACAACAAGCAUUUCUCACUGUGGCUACCACCUGCCCCUCCUGCCAUCUCCAGAGUUCCACGACUUCCACCACCUCAAGUUCAACCAGUGCUAUGGUGUGCUGGGAGUGCUGGAUUUUCUGCAUGGCACGGACAAAAUGUUCAGACAGACCAAAGCCUUUGAGAGACACAAGGUCCUGCUCAGCCUCACACCACUCUCUGAAAGCAUCCCAGAGCCACCCAAGAAAGAGGAGUGAAACAGCCCAGCAGCUCUUGGCCAGCCUGGUGAUGACCAGAGUGAGAGACAAUGAUUUAUGCCAAAUAGUAUUUUAAUCAGGAAACAAAUUCUUGGCCACACAUAACAGAUCAUGAAGCUGAAGUUAAAUAUGCUGCUUUGAAACGACUGCACUUUUGCUGCCAUUGUUUUCUAUAUAAGACACUUAUAAAAAAACCUGCUCUAGAAAUUUA